UCAGUAAAUACGAUAAAGCGAAGGAGAUUAAGGGUCUCGGCCUGAUACGUCGACUGUACCUCUUCCUAGAGAUGCUGCCUGGCCUGCUGCGUUCACCAGCAACUUUGAUGUUCGUUAACUACAAAUGGGUUCUUUGGGCACCAUUACUGUUGUUGACAUCCGGCAGUUAUCUGCUGUCCCUUCAAUAUGUCUAUGGAUUGCUCUUGGUCCUCUACAGAAGUAGGACACCUUUCCUACUUUGGGACUCAUCCAUUCAAGGCCAUCAAUUUAAUGUCUGAGAAUCAUGCUACUUGUAGUAUUCGCCGAUCUUUUCCAUGAUCUGAAUCACUUGUGCAGUUGCAGUUAUAGAUUACUCCUUUUCAUGUGAAUAGCCAAUUAACAACAGUGUAUCUGCAGCAGGAUAGACUAUAUUUAAAAUGAACAGCAACACCAAAUUAGCUUUCAGCCUACAUUGCAACCAAUAGAGGCAGAAGCUACUAGAAGAGAUUGAAGACCGAAAGCUUCCAUAUUUAACACCUGAAGAUGUGGAAUUUGAGCAGCUGCAUGCAGGUUCACACUCAUUUCUACCUGUGUGCUCCCUACUAAAACCCCUGACACUCUAUGAACAGUCAAUGAAGAGAAAAGGUAUUACCCGGGAAAGGAGCCUACACUGGCCAGGCAUUCCUUGUGGUCCUGAUCUCCAGGUGUCCGUGGGGUCCUCCUUAUCUGCGAUGGUUGCUCUUUGGCUGCUGUUAAAGGCUAAAUAUUCCAAAUUACACUUGAAUCAAGCCAGCUGUGUACCUGCGGAAAUUCAUCAAAAAGUUCAUCAAGGAUUGACAGCUCUGCGGGAUUACAAAUGUUUUGCACAAGAUCUUGUUCAAAUAAAAGGAAAAGAUGUUCUUACACCAGUAUAUCGACUACUUAUAGGAAACCCAGGCCACACAUACCGUUACUUAGAUACAAGACUGUUUGCAAUCCCUUGGCCUACCCAUGGUGCUGAGGUGAUGUACAGCAAUGAUGAAAUAGGUAAAGCCUGCCAAGCUAUUAAAGAUCUUAAUCAAUACUUACAUGAGGAAGCAAUGAAGAUUUUAUUGAAUCGUCAUUCAGCUGGUGAUGAAGAAAUGGGAUUUGUGGAGAAGCCAACUUCUACUUCCGCUGAGGGCUCUGACAGUGUGAAAAGAGUUCAUUGCAAUCAAAGCAAUGCUGGUACUGCGCUAAAAAAUAGAACUUCUUUUAAUGUGGCUCUUCUGAACUACAUGGACCCUUCAAAAAUGACGUACUUAAAAGAGGAACCUUACUUCGGAAUGGGAAAGAUGGCUGUGAGUUGGCAUCAUGAUGAGAACCUGGUGGAAAGGUCAACUGUUGCAGUGUAUAACUACAGCUGUGAAGAUUUAGGACCUGCCUCAGAUCAAAGGAACAAGAGCUCAGUUAAAGGCAGAGACCCAACACUCUGGCAUGUUGGCCUAAAAAUAGCCUGGGACAUUGCAACACCAGGGCUGACACUGCCACUAUACCCUGGCGACUGUUACUUCAUGCUUGAUGAUUUUAAUAUGACCCAUCAACAUUGUGUGCUGUCUGGAAUGCAGGCUCGAUUCAGCUCUACACACAGAGUAGCGGAGUGUUCAAGUGGUACAUUGGACUAUAUCUUUGGGCGCUGCGAUGUAGCCAUGAAGAACCUGCAAAAAGAUUCAACACUGGGCAUUUCCUCCCUAACUUCCUUGAACAUUGAAUUUGUCAGACAAACAGAAGAGAUCCACAAUGAGGUGGAGUUUGAGUGGUUGCGGCAAUUCUGGUUUCAAGGAAAGCGUUCUGCAAAACUGAGUAACUGGUGGUUUGGACCGAUGGCUGUGCUGGAGAAUUCCUGGAAGGAAAUGGAGCAAAUGACAAAGAUUUUGCUGUGUGAAAUCAAUAAAAUGGAAUGGAGUUUAGAGGAAAAACAGAAAAUUAUUUGUUGUCUUUUGCCACUGCUUGAGGAGCGCCAAGAAAUGAGAAAGAUCUGGGUGGUAAGGUGUCAGUCCAGACUUGCCAAUAAUCUACCUGCUGAUGAGCAGCCAGAAUGUCGCCCUUACUGGCACGAGGGAGAUCCUAACAUGCCUCUUCCCUUUGACCUGGAAGAAAUUGUUUCACUUUUGAGGAAUCAACUUUUACCUAAAGAUGAAGCUGAUUGAAACUAAAGUUACCUUCUGACUCUUCAGCCAAGAAAACUUGGAAAACCAGAUCUCUAUUUUCUGAUUCAGCUUUUCACUCUCAUUGUAAUAAAAGGCUGAUUU